AUGCUUGGACGCGGUACUCGCCCAUCUUCACGUCUAGGCGAAGCGAGUCAACCGUUGCUCAAUGACUCUAGGGAAGACCUAUCCGCCGCCACGACUCAUGAAGACGUUCUUUUCUCGGCGCACGACGAAGAUGACUUCGAAGACUCUGCUCUGGAUGGACUCGAUACUAGAGAAUCAAAGGCAGAGAGGACAGUGAGAUUUCAUGAGGACGUACAGGUCGUUGGACCUCCACUACGGUCUACUUAUCAGAGUCGGGAGACAGACACAGACGACCUGGAUGAUGCCUCACUGGCGCAUAUUGAUUCAGAACAGCAGACUAGUCGGCGGCGAGACCAGUCUAUGCCUCUUCUCGUUGGGCUUGCAGACUCUUCCGCUGUACAGAGGAGCCUGGAUGAUUCGAUACCUCUCUCAGAUGGAUAUGGAAAUGGAGAACUUGACUUGGAUGAGCUUGCGGCGAAACAACAUUCUGGGGGCGGUAUGAUGAACUCCAUAGCGAACAUGUCGAACUCUAUCCUCGGCGCAGGACUGCCAUACGCCGUUAGUCGAGCAGGCUUCUUCACUGGGCUGUUCCUACUCGUCAUCCUGUGUGGCGUCACCGAUUGGACCAUCCGUCUCAUCAUUACGAAUGCGAAACUGAGCGGCACCAAUUCUUACAUUGGCAUCAUGAACCACUGUUUUGGCUCCAGUGGUCGCGCGGCCGUCUCGUUCUUCCAGUUUGCCUUUGCCUUUGGAGGCAUGUGUGCUUUCGGGAUCAUCAUCGGCGAUACUAUACCUCAAGUUAUCCGCUCCUCCUUCCCUGCCCUUCGCACAAUGCCCGUGCUCUACCUCCUCACAAACCGCCAAUUCGUAAUCGCAUUCUGCACAAUCUGCAUCUCCUACCCUCUCUCCCUCUAUCGCGACAUCCAUAAACUCUCCAUUGCCUCCUCACUCGCCCUCUGCGGCAUGCUCAUCAUCGUCUUCUCCGUAAUCUACGAAGGCCCGCUCGUUUCGCCCCUCCUCAAGGGCGACCCGGCCAAGCGGUUUUCCAUCAUCGAACCAGGGAUUUUUCAAGCGAUUGGUGUCAUUAGCUUUGCAUUCGUCUGCCAUCAUAAUAGUUUGUUGAUCUAUGGGAGCUUGAGGACGCCGACAAUGGACCGGUUUGCGAUGGUGACGCACGUGUCGACGCUCAUCUCGCUGGUCUGCUGUUUCACGAUGGCGAUCUCGGGAUAUUGGGUGUUUACGGAUAAGACGGAGGGUAACAUCUUGAAUAAUUUCUCUGCGGAUGACACCUUAAUCAAUGUGGCGAGGUUUUGUUUUGGACUGAAUAUGUUCACAACACUACCGUUGGAGUUAUUCGUGUGCAGAGAGGUCAUCGAACAAUACUUCUUCUCCCACGAGACGUUCAGCAUGCAACGCCACCUCUUCUUCACCACCACCAUCCUCUUCGCCUCCAUGCUCCUUUCCCUCAUAACCUGCGACCUCGGCGUCAUGCUCGAAAUCACAGGCGGCGUCUCCGCCACAGCCCUCGCAUUCAUCUUCCCCGCCGCCUGCUUCCUCAAACUCACAUCCUCUUCCUCUCCGUCGUCCUCGUCGUCACCGAGUUUGGGUCCCCAACGCACAAAAUACGCGUGGCAUUCGAGAAAACGAUUACCGGCUUAUGCGUGUGUGACGUUCGGAGUGGUGGUGAUGGUGCUUUCGCUAGGCUUGGCGUUGGGGAAGGUGUGGACGCCAGAGGGAAAUGCGAAGAUUUGUAUGUGA